GGACAGAAACAAGUGACACCGGCAUGUCAAGCAUGUGGUUUGUUUGACCAAACCGGAGAUAAAACUGGUAUUUGUAGCUACACGGCCAUGGCACGUGUGGGUUCAAGUUUUAGGCUGGUAUAGGUGUACAUUUCUGAUCAUGGUAGUUCUUUAAUCCGUGUUUGUAGAAGGGCUUCAGAGCGCGCUUCCUUUUUGUUAAUUCUGUACAAAGUGUACUCUGCACCCAGCAAUGGAGUUUUUUGUGAAAUUAACUAAUCAAAGUCAAGGAAGAGAUCGCAUUUUUCGGACGACCCAGUAUGCGUGCGCUCUCAGCACCUAUCUGCUCCGGAACGAUCCCAACAGAAAGGAGCUGGUGGGCAAACUGAAAAGUCUGGAGAGCAGCAUGAGUUCUGGAAGAAAAUUGUUCAGAUUGGGGAACACACUGAACUCCAUUGACGCUGCCAAACGGACCGUGCUCCUCACUGACCCGGUGCUCCGCCUCUCACUCACCACAGCCAACCUCGGCCGUGCUCUCUACUUCAUAUGUGACAACUUACUUUGGCUCCGAAACGUGGGGCUCAUCCGCAGUAUUGACAAGGAGACGUGGAGCCUGCACGCGUCACGAUGCUACCUCCUCUCUCUGAUUAUGAACCUUAUCAGGGAUUCUUAUGUAAUUGGCCAGUUAAUGGUCCGAAGAGCCAGAGAUAAAGAGUUUCAAAGGAAGAUGGAUGAACAUCUCACAGAGAGCGCUGAAGUAGCAGAGGCUGUGGUACCUCAGUUAGAUGCACUGAUUUUUCUUCUUCUCCAAAUUAUCAAAUCUCAUCCUGCAGUUGCCCUGGAUACACUCAAAAAUAUAUGUGAUCUUUUUAUUCCACUGGAUAAGUUGGGGAUUUACCAGUCCAAUGCAGGGGUGGUGGGGUUCUGUGGUCUUCUAUCUUCCAUAAUUGGAGUUGUGACACUGGUGCGACCAAACUUGAAAAUCAAACCGUGACUGAAGCUUAUUUUCAAAUUAACGGGUGCAUUUGCAGCAGUUGAAUAUAGCAAGUCUUAAAUGUAAUUUUAUUCACUGGUCCUGCUAGAACUGAGACUGAAAGUGGGCAAGAUUCACCUGAAGUGCCGUGCCUUUAAGUCAACUGCGGGGCUAUGUUUCACCUGAGAAUACUUGUUAUUUAUUUGAAUAAAGGGGCACAGUGCAAUCAUGUGGCAACUUUAGAUUUACUAUUUAACAUUGUGUAACAGUAACGUUAGUAUAAAAUGAGGAACUGCAGAAUUAUUGACACGCUGCUUUGAUGACGGUUUACGAUAACAAUAUUGUAUUUUUUUUUGUGUGUGUGUGUGUUGCAGGACUUCCCUGAAAAAAUUCGAUUCCAUCUGUUUGUGGGAAAAAAAUGCAAAUACAAAGCAAGUCUUAAUCUUAAAUAAGCGCACAGGUUAAAGGGAAGUCUGAAUUGACUAACUUGAUUUGCAACAUGUUCUUGAUGGAUCAAUGUAACUGCUUCAUGGCACUAAGCUGGAUACUGUAUCAUUGCCACUUUUCUAAUAAUUUUACUUUUUAUGUACAUUUUUAAUAAACAAAAAGUGAAAUAAGUC